AUGUCUCGCGGAGGCGGUACUACGCUCUAUGUCACCGGCUUCGGCCACGGCACCCGCGCGCGCGACCUCGCCUACGAGUUCGAACGGUACGGUCGCCUGGUCCGCUGCGACAUCCCGGCCCCACGCUCGGCUUCGUCUCGUCUCUUCGCUUUCGUCGAGUACGAGAGCCGCCGCGACGCCGAUGACGCUUAUCACGAGAUGCACAACAAGCGCAUCGGCCGCGACGAUCUCUUGAAGAUCGAGUGGGCCCGUACACCUCCCUCAGCAUCGUGGCGCUUCGACUCAGGUCGCGAUCGCCCUCGCAGCGAGCGUGGUGACCGCAGCUCUCGCGGCGACGAUCGUGGUGUCCCCGCCCGCGGCGACCGCUCUCCUCGUGGUGAUGAUCGUGGUGUCCCAGGCCGUGGUGACCGCUCCCCUCGCCGCCGCAGCGUUUCUCCUCGUCGUGAGCGUGGUGGUUCUCCCCGCAAGGACCGCGAGCGCGACUACGAGCGCCGCGACCGUGACAGGUCCAGGAGCCCUGUCGAUGGCGACCGCGAGAUGAAGGAUGUGCGCGACCGUGAGGACGACCGUGGCGACCGCGAGCGUGGCGAUCGCGAGCGCGACGAGAGGCGCGAGGGCGAGGCUCGUCCUGCCGUCGAAGAGCGCAAGGCCGACUCUCCUCCUCCUCCGGCCGCACAAGAAGACCUCGACGUUGCCGAGUAG